CCGGGCUCAUGCCAUCCCUUUGUGGGGGCAGAGAAGGGAACUAUAAAAAGCUUUAUGCAAAAAAGCCCCCUGCGGGCUGGCGCAGUACAAGCUGCCCAAAACGGUGCGUGUUCGGCGGGGCUCAUGCCCAUCCCUUUGUGUGGGAAAAGGGGAAUAAAUCAAAAAGCAGCGAAAGUCCCCGCUGCUGGCACGGUGAGGCUGCCUGAAAUGGUGCGUUGUUCCUGGGACAAAAAUCCACCAAAAGUCGUAACAACUGCUUCCAUACAAGUUGGAUCAAAGGGAUCUCGUAGGUAUCGGUCCUUCCCCUUUAAGAGGGGGAGGGGGAACCAGCGUCGCUGACGCGGAAGCGGACGCUUCGUCCGCCAUCUUUUAAACCGCUCCACGCGGCAUGUGGGUCUCUCUCCCUCCAGCCUUGGUCUUGGACGGUCAUGGCCGAAUGUGCGCUCUGCUUCAACGUCUACAGCCGCCUCUCGCCGCACCUGUCUGCGGUUCACAAGGUGUCGAACGCGGACGAGAAGAGGCUUUUGCUGGCGCUCGCCGCUGGGCGCGUGGACAUGCGGAAGACGGCGUGCCCGGUGCCCGGCUGCCGGAGGACGCCGGCCCGCCUAGACAGACACCUGAAGCAGCACGCCGAGCUCUCCGUCUCGGCCAGGAAGGAGGCUAUGGGCCGAGCGAGGCGUCGGAAAGUGGCUCGAGAGUUGCGGUGGUUGCGGUCCACUCAACCGACGGUACCCGUGGUGUCUCGGCUGGCGUCGUCCUCCGAGGAGGAACGGGAACCAGACGGCCCGGAAGCCGAGCGUCCCUGCGCCGACCCCCGCUGCAGGCUCGCAACGGAGCGCAUACAGGCCCAGCUCUCAGAGCUCCGCAAGCAGGUGGACAAGGUGAGGUCCGCCCAGCUCCAAUUCGCCCGCCGCUAUCGAGAGUUGAGGAGGGGGGAAGAGGGGAGGAAGAGCAGGCGGGCAAGGUCGUGUCCUGCCCCGCCGGCACCAUCCCCCGACCCCGCCCCCGGGCGAGGGGCGGCCCGAGGUCUCCGGGCGGCCUCCGGGCCUGUGGAAGCCUACGAUCCAACAAAGUACCCGUACCCGGACCACGCCCGCGCCUUGAGUUGAGUAUGGUUAUGGCACUUCUCUGUUGGGCUGGUGGUGGGUGUAUGUCGUCUAGGCUGACUUUUGACUUUCGCCCCCGUUCUGCAGACUUGCUUUUGGCAGAGUUCGAGGGUUUCCAAUUGGGGAGCGAGCCCACCGCCCGUCUGCGGAAUAACGUGGCCUCCAAACUGGCGAGGGUCAAGGCCUUCCUAGGCUUCAUGGCGACAGGCCACGCGGACCCAGAAACCUUGUCCUUCCUCAACCAACCGGCGCGCAUCCGAGCCUGGUCUGCCCUGCUAGGCCAAACGGGCAUGGCCGAGCCCACGAGGCAGCACUACCUGAAGAACGUGGCGCAGUUCCUGGAUUAUCUCUCCGAAACCCCGCCGGCCUCCUGCCGCCUCUCCAGUACCACCCUGGUGCUGAUUCGCAGGGAGCUUCGAGCUCUCAUUCGCGGCAUACGCCGCCGCGUCGUGGUGCACGAGGUUAGGACCAAGCAAGCCAAAGAAGGCAGACUCAUCUCCAAAGCCACCCUGCUACGCUGCCAUCGGACGGCUGGGAGAAAAAUACCUGCCCUUCUAGACGGCCUCGAGUCCAGCCCAGACACCAGGCAGCAGUGGCGCUUCUAUGGCUACCUGACCGGCUACCUGACCUGCAUCACGGGCCAUCGCUGUGGGGUCUUCCAGAACCUGACCAUCCAGGAGGUCCAAGAGGCUUCCAGAAGCCCGGACGAGUCCGCCUAUGUCAUAAACAUCACCACGCACAAGACAAACCGAGCCUUCGGCGCGGCUCAGCUGUCUCUCAACAAGGAAGAAUACAGCUGGUUCCGGAGGUUUUUGCAGCUGCGGGCUAGCCUCCCCGGGGGGAGCCAGGCCUCCUAUUUUUUUUUUACUUCCAGACCCAGUCCCUGUCGAACCCUGAACAAAUAUUUUCAAUCUGCAUGGACCAGCAUGGGGCUUCCCGGCAAGCCCACCUUCACUGACGUCCGAACUGCCAUCGCGACCCACGCAAAGAAUUCACAUUCUUCCGAGGAUCGCAGGAAGGUGGCCCAAUUCAUGUGCCACGAUACCUCAACCUCAGACAAGUUCUACGCGCUUCACCUAGGCCCUCUCCAAGCACGUGAGCACCGCAGACUCUUCGAGAGGGCCUUGGUGGAGGAGGAGGAGGAGGAGGAGGAGGAGGAGGCAGCGGGCAGAGAACGCCACUCAAGGAAGGGGCGCCAGAGGGCAGAGAGUCCCGGGUCACCCAUGGAGGGAACUAGCAGGAGGACGCUGCCAUGGCCGCCUUCGAAGGGGAAACGCCCCCUCGAAGCAACAGAAGACUCUGAAUCUUCCUAAAUAAAAAUUGAACAAUAAAGGUCAUAUGGUGUUCAGUGUCUUUAUUAUUCCUCUAUCUGUGUGAUAAAACAUAGCUUCGAAUGGGACAAAUGAUCCCUAUCUCCUCUGUUAGAAGUGUCGCGUGGGACGCCCGCGUCCAGGUUCAGCCUUUGCUAAGCCCCAAUUGGGACAAAUGAUCCCUGUCUCCUGUGGUAAAAGUGUCGCGUGGGACGCCCGCGUCCAGGUUCAGCCUUGGUUGAAAGCCCAUCGGGACAAAUGAUCCCUUUUUAAACACAAAGAGGUGCCAGGCUGGACGAGACUGUCCAGGUCUGCGCCGGCGUUGAACGGCCAUAUGGCCCAUGGUCCAACUCUGGGUAUUUGCAGGUGUCUCCCGGGACGGCUCGGUCCUUUGGGCUGCAUAAAGAGGUCGGAAGAGGGCUGCCCAAAAGCGGGGG